AUGUCUUUCUCGCAAUUUGGAUACCCCUACAAUGCAACUUCACAGUUUUUCGUGUCGGCAAACCCCAGUACGACUUGCUGCGAUUCGAUUUCCAGGUCGGUCUCUGACGGGACAGGCGGCACCCAGACCGCCGCUGCCGCCGCCGCCGCCGCCGCCUCCUUCUGCUGCCCGUCCUAUGAGAACCGGCUCCUGGCGAGCAGCCGGACGGAGCUGAACGCAGCACUGGGGAUGUACAGCUCUCCAUACGCCGCAGCGGCUGCCGCCAGCCAGAACUACGCCAACUACUUCCCCUACAGCACCGACCCAUCCGCUAUCUACUCCACUCUGAAUCCACAGUAUGACAUUAAGGACAGCACAGGCACUUUACACUCUGGCAUCACUCAAACCGCUGCAUACUAUCCUUAUGACCAUUCACUUGGACAGUAUCAAUAUGACAGAUACGGGACAGUGGACUUUAAUGGCACAGCCAGAAGAAAGAACGCGACUCGUGAAACCACCAGCACUCUGAAAACAUGGUUGUAUGAGCAUCGCAAGAACCCCUACCCCACCAAGGGAGAGAAGAUCAUGCUGGCCAUCAUCACCAAAAUGACCCUCACCCAGGUGUCCACCUGGUUCGCCAACGCCAGGAGGAGGCUAAAGAAGGAGAACAAGAUGACCUGGUCACCAAAGAAUAAGGCCACCGAUGACAGGAAGGAUGACUUAGAUUCUAGUGAUUGCAAGGAGGAGAAGGAUCUGCAUCUGAGUGAUCUGGAUGACAUGGACGACGACGACUGUGACAAGCUGGACAGUGACUGUGAAAAGGUGGCUGCCGAUGAGCACGACCUCCAGAGGGUCAUGGCAGUAUCUGGAGCCCCUCAAAAGAGAGACUGCAGCUCCGAGCUGCACCUGAGUUUAACUAACAGCUUCCACGCGUUCCCCUGCGCCAUCAAAAGUGUCACCACCAUCCCUCCUCUCCCGUCUGACUUCCUGGACCCUGUGUUGUCCAAGGCACCCUCCUCGACCGGCCCCGCGGGAACAGUGUCCCUGUCUCACUUUGAAGCAUCAGAUAAGCCUCGGAUUUGGUCUCUGGCACGUACGGCGGCUUCGGGGGUCAUACUGAGCCCUCAGCAGCAUGGCUCGGAGCUCAGGACAGGCAACACAACCGGGGACUGCCAGCUCCAGAGCGCCAGGCUUACCGGGGCUCUUACUGGACAGUGCGGGGCCAUGAGAGGCCUCCAUGAAUCUAGCAGUGCCACCAAUACUGAGAGCCCCUUCUCUGAGGGCUCAUCCUUGCACUCAAAAGUCUAUGGCACUGGCAGCUACAGUCACAAGGACAUCCAACUGCACUGUUCAUCCUAUGCUGCACUCCCAGACACAUGUCAGUACUCCACUAUUGAAGGAUUCUCUGGUGGCAAAGCAGAGACACAGUCAUCUGACCUGAGUGAAGCCUGCGGGACCGUGCCGGAUGACAAGGUCACUGCGUUCAGACCGGUGAUGAAGAGGUGAAGCAGAUUGCUGUAACCUGUACCACAAUAAAUAAUGGGACAUUUCUUAUGCACUAAAGGACACACUGGCCGAGUAUCGUCCUCAAUAUGACACUUGGGAGCUACCUGGCGCUGCUGCAGUGAGAAGCUGUCAA